AGAUGUUUCAUAAAUACUUCAUUUUGCUUUUUGGAGCUGUGCUGCUGUUGCUGACAACAGCAUUUUCUCUUGAAUGUACCAAAUACAAUGUAAAAACAUGUCAGGACUGCAUUGAGUCUGGCCCUGGUUGUGCCUGGUGCAAGAAACGGAACUUCUCAAAAGCAGGAGAACCAGAUUCUGUUCGAUGUGACACAAACCAACAGCUCCUUGAGAAGGGAUGUGAUGGGAAUAUUAUUUUUCCAAAAAGCUUUGCUCGCCCUGUUUCUUCUGAUCAGCCAAACAAGAAUAAACAAAUCUACCCAGAGGAGGUGCGACUGCAUCUAAGACCAGAACAACCUGCUGUUUUUAAUGUGACAUUCCGUCGUGGUGAGGAUUAUCCAAUAGAUCUGUAUUAUUUGAUGGACCUCUCAUUCUCUAUGGAAGAUGAUCUGCAAAUCGUGAAGAAAUUAGGAGGGGAUCUCCUUAAAGCUCUCCAAAGUAUUACCAAACGUGCACGGAUAGGUUUUGGUGCCUUUGUAGAUAAGACUGUCUUGCCAUUUGUAAACACACACCCAGAGAAGCUCCAGAAUCCAUGCCCAACCAAGGAGAGCAAGUGCCAGCCACCAUUUGCUUUCAGGCAUGUGCUCAGCCUCACUGAUGAUGUACAGAGUUUUCAAGAAGAAGUAGGAAAGCAGAACAUAUCAGGGAAUCUUGAUGCACCAGAAGGUGGACUUGAUGCCAUGAUGCAGGCUGCUAUAUGUGGGAGUAAAAUUGGCUGGAAGAAUGUGACUCGCUUAUUGGUGUACACAACAGAUGAUGGUUUCCAUUUUGCCGGGGAUGGUAAGCUUGGAGCCAUUUUAACGCCUUUUGAUGGAGAAUGCCACCUGGAGGAAAAUAUGUACAAAAAGAGCAAUGAAUAUGACUAUCCUUCUGUUGGUCACUUGAUACAAAAACUUAAAGAAAACAAUAUCCAGCCCAUUUUUGCUGUUACCAGUAAAGUGUAUGAUACAUACGAAAAACUGAGCAAGAUGAUCCCCAAGUCUGCCGUAGGAAAACUGCAGGAGAAUUCAAAUAAUAUAAUUCAACUCAUCCAGCGGGCUUAUGAUGAUUUGUCUUCCAAAAUUAUUUUGGAACAUAGCUCUGUGCCAAGCUCCAUCAAAAUCUCAUAUGAUUCCUUCUGCCCUAAUAAAAUACAUACGAAGGAUCAACCAAGAGGGGAAUGUGACAAUGUAAAAAUAAAUAACGAGAUUACCUUCCAAGUGAAAAUUACAGCGACUUCCUGCAUUGGAAAUCAGACUCUUACUCUCCAGCCUCUUGGUUUCACAGACUUCACCACUGUGCGUUUGCGCAGUCGGUGCAACUGUGAAUGUGAUGAGGAAAUACCAAGUAAAUCCGAUUGCAAUGGACAAGGGAUUAUAGACUGUGGGAUUUGCAGAUGCAAUGCUGGCUAUAUUGGAAAGAACUGUGAUUGUGAGACUGGAGGCAAAACCAGGAAGGAACUGGAAAAAAGUUGUCGAAAGGACAAUGCUUCAGUCAUUUGUUCUGGCCUGGGCGAUUGUGUGUGCGGACAAUGCAUCUGCCAUACCAUGGCAGAUACCAAAAAGCAUAUUUAUGGUUCCUUCUGUGAGUGUGACAACAUGAACUGUGAGCUUCACAAUGGUCAAGUGUGCGGAGGGGACAAACAAGGAAUCUGUGACUGUGGGAAAUGCAAAUGUAAAACAGGCUUUGAUGGCACGGCCUGUCAAUGCAUAUCUUCAACAGAAAAUUGCGUGAAUAAAAAUGGGAAUGUGUGCAGCCUCCGUGGGGAAUGUCAGUGCAAUACAUGCAAAUGCAAUGGACGAUAUCAGCCCCCUUUAUGUGAAGAGUGCCCAAGUUGUCCAUCUCCCUGUGCCAGUUAUAUUUCCUGUGUUGAAUGUCGUGCCUUUGGGAGUGGCCCAUUUCAGAAGAAUUGCUCUCGUGCUUGUGCAAAUAUUACUGUUCAAAGUAAAGCGCCACCACGAAGUAAACAAUGCAAGGAAAAGGAUUCACAGAAUUGCUGGAUCACUUACACAAUGUUUCAAACUGAUGGAGAAGAGCACUAUUCUAUUACAUUCAAUCCUGAGAAAGAAUGCCCCCAACCACCUAACAUUGCAGCCAUAGUGGGGGGCACUAUUGCUGGAGUGGCUCUUAUUGGGCUCCUCCUCCUCAUGGCUUGGCGGCUAGUGGCAGAGCUGAUUGAUCGCAGAGAGUAUCACAGAUUUGAGAAGGAGAAGGCCAAGGCUAAAUGGAAUGAGGCUGACAAUCCUCUCUUCAAGAGUGCCACUACCACUGUGGUGAACCCCAGGUUUAACGGCCAGUGAAGGGAAGCUUCAGCAACGGCGCAAAGCACCACGAGACUCUUCAGCAGAGGAACGGAAGAUGAAACCAUUUGCCAUGGUGCUUUCUCCAAUCAGCCGUUAUUGUUGUGCAGCAGCAGUUAUUUUGAGAAAACUGUUCUGUGGGUUUUGCAGCAUGCUUCCAUUCUAACCUUUUUUUAAGAAUCCCAAGUGCUAGAGAACUUAAGUGCGUAUCUCAGAUGAAGCGCUCAGAGCAACUGGGUCUCCUCCAUUCAUCGCCCGCUCAACAUGUGGAGAUUUAGAUUUUGGUUUGGGAAAUUAUUAAAGGCCUGCUACAUCACCACAUGUAAACAGAAUUGCCCACUGCCACUCAGGGAGUUAUUUUAGUUAGUCAUUUUGCUGUCCGUAAGGCCUGUUUUAAGGUGAGGCACAUCGUGAGAGCAUGAUGAGCCCUACCACAACCUGGCAAUGACCAUCCCCAAAUAGGCAUGAGGCUGGAUUCAAAACAACGCGUGCUGCUGAUUUGUUCAUUUCACGAGCAUUUGCAGUUCCACCCAUCUCUCAAAGAGCUCCAAUAUUUUGCACUGUGAACUGUUUUUCCUGGGACUCCAAAAAAGAGGAGAGAGUAUCAGAGUGGAGCAGCCAAUCAGCAUUCAAUCCCUUUGCUUUAAACUGCUCCAUUUCUAGUGCUGCUCUUUCCAUGCAGAUCUCCCAUAUGUCCCUAUGUGCAUGCUUGUCUUGUGGUUUACAAAACCAGGUGGGUAGUCAGAGAACAUUGGUUUUUGAAAAUAAUGACAAUUACGUAGUAGUCUAAAAGGGCUUUGGCUCAUCAUGAUUGUACGUCAGCAAGCUCUGUGGGGUCCUAUCCCAGUAAACCCAAAAUGUGGUGUUGUCUUGCAAGGGACAGUUCUCAGGUUAUUAGCAAAUGAACUGAAAAAUCUAUAAAGCCUUUUAUUCACCUGCUGCUAUAUCAGCAGCCUGGGAUCUGAGAGCUCUGGGGAGCAGAUUAUGAGCUCAGGGCAUGGCCAGAACACACCCCAAACAGAGGAUGAGCUUCCGUGAUUGUGAGUUACAAAAAGUGCCGGAUGUCCUUUGUGGAUAUCGGUCAGCCGUUCAAGCCCCAGGAACAGGACUGUUGUAACAUACUGGCAAAAAUGUACUUGCAUUUCUCUUUCACUACUCAGAAUGCCAAGUUAGUCCAGAAAAACGAGGUUUUGCCAAAAGAACUACCCAGGGAGUGAUAAGACUAAGUGGUAAUUUCCAUUUUCUGGUUUAAGCUUAACAUGAACAACUAUAUCAGCUGUUGAAUAUAGGGAUUCCUUCUACUGAAAAAAUACUGACAGGCCCACAAAUUGUGAUCAGAUAGCUUUUCUUUGGACUGUUGAAUAAAUCUGGAUUCAAACAACAUGCUAAGUCAUAAAUCAGGCAAACCAUAUUAUGACUUGAUGAGAUGCAUGGACAGAGUUCUGUCCUGGUUUGCACAUUGCAUUAAGCUAUUUUUUUUUAAUUAGUGUGGUUAAAUUAGUUGAAUUCCCAGGAUAUAAGCAAAUGCAAAUCCAGCCAUUGUAUGAGACAUGGUGGUAGGUGAGAUAUCUGAAAGCUGUGUAUUUCAUUUUUGAUCUAUUGACGUAUGUAAAUCCCUAAUUUUUGGCAUUGUAGCCAUCAAUUGCUGGCAUGAUAGCACAAAUUCUGGAUGUUAAAUGAAGAAUAGUAUUGUCACAAAUCAUUUUAAGAAAUUUUAAUUAACAGAAUGGUAUAUGAAUUAAACUUCCUUGUGGGUAAAAAAACCCUCUGUAGUUCUAACACAAAAAGAACAGAUUGAUUUUAAAUCAUGCAUAAGGCCUUCAGUACAACCAAGAGCAAAGUCAAGUGCAGGAAUGGGCACUUCAAAGAAUCGGAGAAUCAGGCAAGCUGAUUGCAACCGCGAUGAAACAAGGUAAUCAGGAGUCACUUUAGCACUAUGUAUUAAAAUCUGUCAGUUUCCAAGAUGCCUGGUGUGGGCAUCCAUAGGGAGGGAAAACGGCAAAAUGAUCAUUGCAACCUAAACUCUCCCCGUUCGUAUUAGCACUGCAGUUCUCGCUCACAUACGUAUGUAAGGAGCAGAACUUGCAUUGUGAUGUCACAACGCGCAUACCAUUGUUUUGACAAAAUUUUGGCUCAAUGCAGUUUCCAGGAACUUAGUAAGGUACUUGACAAAUGUUGUUAAUGCAUCAUUGAAAUCAGUAAAACUUCUACUACUUAAAGCCAUAUCAAUUUGUAACCCAUGCUUGCAAUUUGUCAACUAUACAUUGCUACCAAUAAAGCUCAUGCCCCAUUUCAAA